AUGGCUGGUUUCCCCUCAGACCUGGUUCAGUACUGGAGGCUGUUGCUAAUGAUUGUGGUGCUGGGCAUUGGUGGAACCCACCUCUCUGGUCUUCAAAUGUCUGUCAUCAAUUACACUUCUCUUUACAUUCAGAAGUUUGUCAAUGAAACUUGGCUGGAGCAAUAUGGUUCUGUGCUGCCUCAGGAGACCCUGACCUACUGCAUGGGUGGGAUGAUAGGGUGUCUGUGCAGUGGGUACCUGACUGCAAAAUUUGGAAAAAUUUACCCAGCACAUAAACCAUUGGAGAGACAAGAACAUGCAGGAAUACAUAUGAACGCCCAUGUUCAGUAUGUUGGAGAGAUCUCACCUAAGAAGUUUUGUGGAUUUAUAAACAUGACCUCCACAGUGUUUCUUGCACUAGGAAAAACUGUAACACAAAUUCUUGGAUUAAGAGAACUUUUAGGAACUGAAGACAUGUGGAAUGUGCUAUUGUCCUUCUCUGGGCUGGUGGCAUUGAUUCAACUGAUCUUUUUGCCAUUCUUUCCUGAGUCCCCAUCCUAUGUCUUGCUGCAAAAAGAAGAUAAAGCUGGUUGCUUGAAAGCCAUGAAGCAGCUCUGGGGAGAAGGGAAUUAUCACACAGAAUUUGAUGACUUGAUGAAGGAAAAAGCUACAACAAAAGGCUAUAACAAAAUCAUGAAUGUCCUAGAGGUGCUGAGAGAACGAUCUGUGCACCCACAGCUGUGUGCCAUGCUCCUCCUUUUGCUGAGCCUGCAGCUCUGUGGCCUGAGUGUAAUCACCUUUUAUUCCUCGGAAAUUUUUGAAACAGCCAACCUGCAGGAAAGCAUAAUCCCAUAUGUAUCUCUAGGAGUUUCAAUCUCUGAACUCAUCUCUAUCAUAUUCUGUAGCUCCAUAAUCAAUCAGUUUGGAUGCCAAAUUCUCCUGUGUGGUGGUUAUUUGCUGAUGGCAGUGAUCCUGGUGUUGCUUGAAAUGAGCUUUCUGCUGAGUGACAGUCCCCUGGCAUGA